AUGGCACCAUCUGCAAUCCUAGAAGUCGUUGAGCCCACUACCCUUCCCCACAAGGGUGGCAUCCCUCUUGGCAAUGGCAAGAUCCACGCCAAUGGGGACACUCUAGUUACUGAGGGCAAGUGGAAGGACUUUACUUUCGACCCCAUCAGGGAGUCGCAGGUUGCGCGUGCCAUGUCUCGCCGAUACUUCAAGGACCUUGAUACUUACGCCGAGUCCGACAUUGUCAUUGUUGGCGCGGGUUCGUGCGGUCUCAGCACUGCUUACACCCUAGCCAAGGCUCGUCCUGACUUGAAGAUUGCCAUCAUCGAGGCUAGUGUCUCUCCCGGUGGCGGUGCCUGGCUCGGAGGUCAGCUCUUCAGCGCCAUGGUGAUGCGCAAGCCUGCCGACAAGUUCCUAACUGACCUUGGUGUACCCUUCGAGGAUGAAGGUCCGUACGUCGUCGUUAAGCACGCCGCUCUUUUCACAUCAACUCUAUUGUCAAAGGUCUUGGCAUUCCCCAAUGUCAAGCUCUUCAACGCUACCUCAGUCGAGGAUCUCAUCACUCGCCGUGAUGAGGCCGGCGCCCUCCGGAUUGCUGGUGUUGUAACCAACUGGACUCUCGUCGCCAUGCACCAUGACGACCAGUCUUGCAUGGACCCCAGCACCAUCAAUGCACCCGUCAUUAUCAGCACUACUGGUCACGAUGGGCCGUUCGGUGCUUUUAGCGUGAAGCGACUUGUCAGCAUGCAAGCGCUUGAGAAGCUUGGUGGUAUGCGCGGUUUGGACAUGAACACCGCCGAGGAUGCCAUCGUGAAGGGCACUCGCGAGAUUGUCCCCGGCUUAAUCGUCGGUGGUAUGGAACUCAGCGAAGUCGAUGGAGCUAACCGUAUGGGUCCUACUUUCGGUGCUAUGGCCCUAUCCGGUGUCAAGGCUGCCGAGGAAGCCCUAAAGGUCUUCGACCAGCGCCAGAAGGAGAACGCGUACUAA